AACCCGGUGACGUCGUUACGGGAACGGUUGGUGGGGGACGGAGUCAGUGAAGAAAAGAAAUGGCGAUGCUCGGAGGGUUUAGCGCAACACAGCACAAGAAAAACGUCUCUGACGGGAGCAACGACGUGUCGGAAUUCGUCUGUCCAGUUUGUCUCGAAAUUUUCGAGAGUCCUGUAACAACACAAUGCGGGCAUACGUUCUGCCAGAGUUGUUUGCAGGAGUGUUUGCGUCCACAGAAGCCAGUUUGUGCUGUAUGUCGGGCCGGCCUGGGCCACUGGACUAAAGCCGCUGAGCUUGAGGCCCUCAUCCAAUCAUCUGUGGCAGCUUGCAAGGGAUGUGGAGCUCAGGUUGGCCUUUCUCAGAUGAGAAGCCACACAGCUGCCUGUUCAAAAUACCAGGAGUACAUUGAGGAGGGAGUGAGGACCACUGCCCAGAGCCAGCCUGCCAUCAUCAGUCCAGUGCCAAAUCGCUUCACCUUCACCUGCCCAUACUGCAACUGCCAGAACCUUGAUCAGGACGGCCUGGUUGAACAUUGCACUACCCAUCAUGCUCGAGAUGCACGCCAAGUGGUGUGCCCCAUCUGUGCCUCAAUGCCUUGGGGGGACCCUAAUUACAGGAGUGCAGACUUUUUCCAGCACCUAAAGAUCAGACACACCUUCUCUUAUGAUACCUUUGUUGAUUAUUCCACAGAUGAGCACACAAUGAUCCAGGAGGCUCUACAGCGCUCCCUUUUGGACAACUGAAGUGUGAAGAACAAUCCACCAUAGGAGGAAUCUAGUGAAGGGGAGAUGGUGAUGUCAAGUCUUGAGAAGACAGAACAACACACUGUAUCAUCAUUCAUCUAUCGUGACGAUGGUGGUACUGUAUUACUAUGGGUAAUCAGUUUCACUGGGAAUUGGUCUUGUUGCUAUGAAUCUAUAGGUUUAUUAUUCAGAAAAUAAAUCACGCAAUAUGGUUAAGAAAACAUUGUACUGUCUGAUUUAGGAGUGAUACUGUGUUUCCGGUGUGAUAAUCUCUUAUCCUCCCCUCAGUUGAGUCUGUAGACUUGAUAGUUUGUUGAAUAUCUAUUAAACUAUGUUUGUUAAAGCGGUUUGUUCAUUGAUGACAUGGUGUCAUAUAGCCAAAAAGUUGUAAUUAAAUUUCCCUGUCGUCAAUACUUGAUGUUAUAAGAGGGUUCGACCACUAGGUGGCUAACUAUUGCCAGCAAACAACAAACUUCACAAACGGUGAAGUGGUCAAGUAAUGUUAACAAUAAUAUAUAAUAAUCUACUCGAGUGACUCUGCAUGUUUACCCUCAAAAGAGGAGAGGGAGUUUUUGUUUUGUUUUUUUUUGAGUUUUUUUUAGCAGAUGGAAACUCUGUCUGUUUUUAUGCUGUUUCUGGGUGAAGUUUGUGUGAGAGAGUGUGUGUUCAUUCUGUUUUCAGAGAUCUACUGGAAAGAAUAAAUUAUAUGAGGGUCAAACAAAGCCAGAGAUGGCUGUUUGCUUUAUUGUAAUGUUUCUCCCUUAUGUCUUUGUGCCUGCUGGUAGAUCUUGUUUCUGACUUCCAAAACUCAUAGGGCUAAUAGUUCAUCCAGUGAACCAAAAGAUGCAAGUAGGAGACCAUCAGUGUGUCAUAAUCUGUCAGGUCUGUGAUUUUCAUUGGGGGAGAAUUUAUUUGCAUGUUUAUGGCCACAGGGGGGCAGUAGAGUUCCACCGUUCUCUGUCCAUCCAUGACAGCCACAGACCCUCACCAGCCUCCUGGCUCUGUUGCAAGACAUAAUUCAACCCAGAUUUCAUUCUAUAAAUGUGCUUUACUCAAUGUGUUGUUCUCCAGCUUAGUUUUUAAACUGGGUUUUGUUCAAAUGCAGCAAACAAAAAUGUCACUGAUCUUUUGAAACUGAGGUUUUAGUGGGGUUAUUUGUUAUAGUUUUAACAGAAUAAAUUCACUUUUAGACAGUUGCUGACAUGACUUAAUAUUUUAAAUGUAACUUCCUGUAGUGUGUUUUUUCAUGCCCAGUGUCUUGAAUGCUUCAUCACAAAAAAACUGCAGUUUGUUUUGCUAGUUUACAUAUUUUUCACUGCCAACAGUUCUGGGGGUCAACAUAGUUAUUAUUUGUAUGGUUCUAAAACUGACAGCAUGUGAAGCAUUACGAAAAUUCAGUUUCUGUUGGAUAUUUUUAUUUCAAUUCUUAAAAUGUAAAUUGUGUCUAUCUCUUAUUUCACAUCAUUGUUGUUUUCCAAUGACUUGUAAUUAUCACAAAUCAACCAUAUACAGUAGUGCAAAUCUUCACACAGUUUGGAUUGCAUUUGUCUUCUACCAACAGGUAAAUAAAACUAAUACACCCAGAUCAAGUAGCUCUAGAGCAGAACCUUAAUGCCUUUUCACGUAGUCUUAGGUGCCAGUUAGCCCUACGUGUUCGUUUUUCUCUCCAGUGAAAUGUGUAAUAAUUUUGUAUGUGUAUCUCAUGUAUAAUGACCUUUUUUUUUCUUUAUCAAUAUAUCUUUCAUUCUCUUUUGUCAGCCCUACUGUUAGGGGGUGCUAAAUCCUGAUAAAUUAAAGCGCUUUAAUUAUUUAAACCCUG